AAUUAAACAAUAAAUAUAAUUCAAAUAAUGCACAAGUUGUGUGUAUUAAUCACGAAUGAAAAAUGAGUGUUUAAUAAUGUCUUAUUUGUCAUUUUGUUACAAGUUGGGGUGCUGCGCGAUCUGCACGUAUAUAUGUAUGUGCUAUGUGUGUACACGUUUAUGUGCUUAUUAUGUGUGUAUGUAUAUACGCAUAUAUGGAUAAUGUAAAAUCAAUUGCAGUGCCGCAACAUUUUAGUUUGUUUUUUGUUUCGUUAAGUGUUUAUAAAUAUGUUUCACAGUGGAAUACAAUGUAUCUUUAUUUAACCAAGAGAAUGUAUGUAUGUCUUAACGGCCAACAGUUAAUAUGAAUGUAAUUCUAACAGACACUAAAAUGUUAGUGCUGGAAAACGCUCAGCAUGGAGGCUGCCAGACUGUUCAACAGAUGUCUCUGUUGUUAUCCUUGUGCAUCUGGUUAGAUGACAUUGUUGUUUGACUCAACAGGAUAAAGUUAUUUAAAAAUCUACAAAUAUUAAACACAGGAGUUUAUUUUGGAUGGUGUGCUGAUGCACAGGACAACUUGUUUUACAGCACAACAUACAUACAUAUGAGCGAGCCAAGGAAAUUGAAAUGUAGUCGCUACGUGCGGCUUGCCGAUGUGCUUUACGAUGAGCAAGGAAGCAUGAGCCUGUUGUGCCGCAGUUGUCACAGACAAUUUUUGAACAUGAAUGUGUUUCAACAGCACGUGAAGAAAUGCGCGGGCAUUGGGCAUAUAGUGACGCCAACUGAGCAACUGGUCUACGACGAGUCCAUGUGCGAGCGAAAGCAGUUGAAUGGCACUCAGGAGCUUUUAAUUUACGACAUUGACGCGGUGAAAAGCGCCGACGAUCACAGCACAGACUUUGAUUGGACGGCGGAACUGGACGAUCCACGUUGGUAUACUGAUCAAGAUAUACCCACGGCAUCUACUUUGCCAGUCCUGCCCAUCGCCAAAUCAAAGACAGGGCCUGUCCAUGCCAAAGAAAAUCUGGCCCGAACGAGGUCAGUGCGUCAAGAAGCUAACAAGGCACAGCAUAUGAGUAGAGAGCGUACAAGUGGACAGAAACGUACAAACAUACUUAUAAGCCAGCAACAGCGGAAAUCCUGCGACAAUUCAGGUCCAUCCGAAAAUGUCACUAAAGCGAAAGAAACUGUCUACAUUGUGCCUAACGUUGUGGCCGACUUGAGGCGUCUGCAAACGGAAGAAGUCUGCAGUCAUUCAGAAGCAACCACAAUCAAAAGUGUAGGAGCUAAUCAAUCUGCUACUCUGGCCCCUUCCAACACCAGUAAAGAUACACAACAAAUACUCAAUAAGCUGCGAGCGUGCGGCGUCGAAGUUAAAAGACGCAACACCAGCAAAGACAAGCCCGCAGUACGUCCGAUAAUUGAGAAACAUAGCAAAAUUCAACAGGCACUCGAAAAAUUGAAAUCAAAAGGCAUCAAGUGCACGAAAGUGAAAAGCAACAUCCAGAAAUUAGAAUUAGGUUAACAAAGGGUUAUAUUCCGAAUUUCUCCUCUUUUAAGUCAUAUGUUUUUGUUUACGUUUUCCAAGAAUCGCCAGCGUUACUUUUUACGGGUCAGAUGAGAUGAGUUUGGGGUUUUUACAUCACAAUUCAUUCCCUACCUUUUCAAUAGUUGUAAUACAAUCCAUCUUGAAUUGCCAUUUAUUUAUUUAGUAAAUUAGGUAAUAAAUAAAGUGACAACUGAAUAGCUGUCUUGGCAUA